AAAUUUAGCAGCAGAGUCAAGGUGUUAUUUUGUUUUAUCCAGCGUCAAUUAUUUUUCCAUUUUUUUGUAUUACAAACAAAUCCGACUAGAUAAAAGUACAAAAUUAAGAACACUUGCAAUGUUUCGCGUUGGUAAAUUUAAUGUAAAUCGUGCCAACCGUCUAACGCGUGUCACACGUCGAAUGUCGUUGGCCAAGCGUUUGCUAAAUGCCAGUCAAAUCCAAUCAUCCGGAACUGCUCCCAGGGAACGAAUGCCCACACCGCCCACGAGUCAGUCCUGCAUAGCUAGUAAGUUACAGAAGAAGUCGCAAACGGUCGACCAGGACCAGAUCCAGGGCCCUGCGCAGAAUCAACGCUGGCCGCGGAAAAUCUUCAGCGGCAUUCAGCCAACGGGCUCACUGCAUCUGGGCAACUAUUUGGGCGCGGUGCGCAAAUGGACGCAGCUGCAGAAAUCCCGUGAAAAUGUAACCAUUUGCAUCGUUGACAUGCAUUCGAUUACAAUGCCGCAUAACCCGCCUCUGCUGCGAGAGAACAUCUUCACGAUGGCCGCCACGCUGCUCGCCUGCGGCGUUGAUCCCGCCCAAAGCACGCUGUUCGUGCAGUCCGCCGUGAUGGAGCACAGCGAACUUAACUGGAUACUCAACUCGCUGACCACAAUGCCGCGCUUGGCCCAGCUGCCGCAGUUCAAGGAAAAGUCGCGUAUGGUUCGGGAUGUGCCCCUCGGCUUGUUUGUCUAUCCGGUGCUGCAGGCGGCAGACAUUAUGCUCUACAAAGCUACUCAUGUGCCCGUUGGAAUCGAUCAGCUGCAACAUAUACAACUGGCACAGCAUUUGGCGCGCAACUUUAAUACGCGCUAUGGUGAAAUGUUUCCGGUUUGCACCCCAAUGAUUGAGGAAAACGAUGGCUCCCGUAUACUGUCUUUGCGCGAACCAUCCAAGAAGAUGUCGAAAUCUGACCAGAAUCCCAAAGGCACCAUUAACUUAAGCGAUACACCCGAUCAAAUCAAGGAGAAGAUUAAGAAGGCCGUCACCGAUUUCACUUCGGACAUCUCGUACAGUCCCAAAAUACGGCCCGGAGUCAGUAAUCUGGUCAAUAUUCAUGCUCAAGUUACCGGCGUGGACAUUGCGACGGUGGUGGAGGAGGCCAAACAAUUGGACACGGCCAAGUAUAAGGAGCGCGUGGCCGAGGCGAUCAUUGAGCAUUUGCGGCCCAUACGCGAAAAGAUUAACCUAAAUUUGACAAAUCGCAACGAACUUAUCUACAUGCUAGAGAUGGGCUCUGAGAAGGCGCGCAAGGCUGCCCAACAGACCAUGUGCGAGAUCAAGCAGCGUCUGGGCCUGGGCGUCAAUGCCAUUCUGCCGCCAUCCGUGUAUGUGCCGCCGCCACUGCCGGACCACUCCAGAAUAACGGCUAGCCAGCGUCUGGCCAAAGGCGUACUUCAUCCGGACGCCCAUCCCCACAGCAUGCCGCACUUCGAGCAGCGCUGUGAACCCAGCCAUGGCACCGCCGCGAACAUUAGUGGCGAUUCUGGGGAUGCGAUCACCGGAGAGUCAACUGCCAAGGUGGGUGCACCGCCUAUCCGGGUUAUGCGUCGACCUAUUGUGCCCGUGCAGACGAUGCGUGUGGAAAAGUCCAUUAAUCGAAACCCCUCCCGGCAUACAUUUAAAUUGGACACAUUCAAUGUGCCCAAAAUUGGCUUUCGUGAUUCAAAUAUGACUGCUUCUAUGAAUCGGUCGGACCAGCGAGACCGGCGCAGUCCUGUCAUGGGCUUUGCAGCGCCCACCUCAUUGAGUGCGGUAAAUAGCAUCUCUGGCUUUAAGUAUGGUAACUCGAAUCCCAGCGCUUUGGCUUCCAUUGCAAGCCAAGUGAAUGCGGCUCAUAGACAGCAGGAAAUGCUCAGCAGUGUGGCCAACAGUGCCUACUAUAAAGCGGCUUCCAGCUCCUUUAAUAGCAAAUCUCCCAGUGUGGUCAAUGUUGCAGUCAACUCCGCCCCCAACCGUAACAAUGCGGCUACCAAAGCGAUUAUGAUGGCCAAUGCCGCCAGCUCUACUGGCUCCAAUAGCUCCACUGGCUCCAGCAGCUCCAGCAGCUCCAACGCUACUCUCAACACCGCCAACAGCGGCAGCAGCAGCAGCAGCAAUAGCAUAACCACAAAAUCUGAGGACUCAAGCGAUACUACUGAUGAAGAUGGUGAACAGAGUGUGGAGGAUCAAGAGGAUGAUGAUGAUAGUUAUGCCACUGUCCCGUCAGAGGACAAGAUGGAAAACUCUAACUAGUCCGGUGUAAAAUCCUAGCAAUUGUUUUUAGUAUAGUCUUAAAUUACUUAAAUCGCCUGUAGUACAUCGUGCUUAUGAUUAAAAUUGUUGAACAUGUU